AUGGCCGGAAAGGGAGACGGGCCGGCGAUCGGCAUCGACCUCGGCACGACCUACUCGUGCGUCGGGGUGUGGCAGCAUGACCGUGUCGAGAUCAUCGCCAACGACCAGGGCAACCGCACAACGCCGUCGUAUGUCGCGUUCACCGACUCCGAGAGGCUCGUCGGCGACGCGGCCAAGAACCAGGUCGCCAUGAACCCCAUCAACACCGUCUUCGACGCGAAGCGGCUCAUCGGGCGGCGCUUCUCUGACGCGUCGGUGCAGAGUGAUGUAAAGCUGUGGCCUUUCAAGGUGAUCCCGGGCUCCGGCGACAAGCCCAUGAUCGGGGUGCAGUUCAGGGGCGAGGAGAAGCAGUUCUCGGCCGAGGAGAUCAGCUCCAUGAUCCUAAACAAGAUGAAGGACACGGCCGAGGCCUACCUCGGCACCACCAUCAAGAACGCCGUCGUCACCGUCCCGGCCUACUUCAACGACUCCCAGCGCCAGGCCACCAAGGACGCCGGCGUCAUCUCCGGCCUCAACGUCAUGCGCAUCAUCAACGAGCCCACGGCCGCGGCCAUCGCCUACGGACUCGACAAGAAGUCGAGCAGCGACGGCGAGAAGAACGUCCUCAUCUUCGACCUCGGCGGCGGUACCUUCGACGUCUCGCUCCUCACCAUCGAGGAGGGCAUCUUCGAGGUCAAGGCCACCGCUGGCGACACCCACCUGGGAGGCGAGGACUUCGACAACCGGCUCGUGAACCACUUCGUGCAGGAGUUCAAGAGGAAAAACAAGAAGGACAUCACCGGCAACCCCAGGGCGCUCCGGCGGCUGAGGACCGCCUGCGAGAGGGCCAAGAGGACGCUCUCCUCCACCGCCCAGACCACCAUCGAGAUCGACUCGCUCUACGAGGGCAUCGACUUCUACACCACCAUCACCCGCGCCCGGUUCGAGGAGCUCAACAUGGACCUCUUCCGCAAGUGCAUGGAGCCCGUGGAGAAGUGCCUCCGCGACGCCAAGAUGGACAAGAGCAGCGUGCACGACGUCGUGCUCGUGGGCGGCUCCACCCGCAUCCCCCGCGUGCAGCAGCUGCUCCAGGACUUCUUCAACGGCAAGGAGCUGUGCAAGAGCAUCAACCCAGACGAGGCUGUCGCGUACGGCGCCGCCGUCCAGGCCGCCAUCCUCACCGGCGAGGGCAAUGAGAAGGUGCAGGACCUGCUCCUGCUCGAUGUCUCGCCGCUCUCGCUCGGCCUGGAGACGGCCGGAGGUGUCAUGACGGUGCUCAUCCCCAGGAACACCACCAUCCCGACGAAGAAGGAGCAGGUCUUUUCCACGUACUCCGACAACCAGCCCGGCGUGCUCAUCCAGGUGUACGAGGGUGAGAGGGCCAGGACCAAAGACAACAACCUGCUCGGCAAGUUCGAGCUCUCUGGCAUCCCUCCGGCGCCCAGGGGUGUCCCCCAGAUCACCGUGUGCUUCGACAUGGACGCCAACGGCAUCCUCAACGUGUCGGCGGAGGACAAGACCACCGGCCAGAAGAACAAGAUCACGAUCACCAACGACAAGGGCCGGCUGAGCAAAGAGGAGAUCGAGAAGAUGGUGCAGGAGGCAGAGAAGUACAAGGCCGAGGACGAGGAGCACAAGAAGAAGGUGGACGCCAAGAACUCGCUCGAGAACUACGCCUACAACAUGCGCAACACCAUCAGGGACGACAAGAUCGCCUCCAAGCUCCCGGAGGCCGACAAGAAAAAGAUUGAUGACGCCAUCGAGGGGGCCAUUAAUUGGCUCGACAACAACCAGCUCGCCGAGGUCGACGAGUUUGAGGACAAGAUGAAGGAGCUGGAGGGCAUCUGCAACCCCAUCAUCGCGAAGAUGUACCAGGGCGCCGCUGGUCCUGACAUGGCCGGUGGCAUGGAUCAGGAUGCUCCGCCGGCUGGUGGCAGCGGUGCAGGCCCCAAGAUCGAAGAAGUCGACUAA